AUGUCUGCUUCGUCGCGUACCUAUGGUUGGCCCCGGAGGAAAUCUCUUCUCAUCUCCGCCGCCCUGCUGAUAACGAGUAUACUCCUCUUACUCGUCUUUCGCGAUAGCGUCCAGGCCACCGCGUCAAGCAGCUUUGACUCGGUCACCUCCUUUGAAUUUCUCCAUAAUAAGCCCGACUCACAGGCUUCGGCAUACUCCACGCCGUCAGCGACCCACUUACCGGCUGAAUCUCAAGCUGCCAAAGCAUCUUCUCUCAAUCCAUUCACUUCUUCCCCGGGUCCAUCCUCGGGUGCAUUCUCUUCAUCGCAUUCUUCUUCUUCCAUCACUACCCUGCUGGACUUGCCGCUCGGUAUCUUUGAGCUGAUUAAGCCGCACAUUCAUUCCAUCACCGCCGAGUCUUUCACAAGUCGGACCGGCAAAACGUAUCAACUCCCAUCAUCUCCCAAAUUCACCAAGCCAUUGAGGAAAAAUGUCCUUAUCAUGGACGUUGAAAGCCGUGAUCUCGGCGGCCCAGGCGGUCUUCUCGAUGAAUCCACCCUAACAACAGACACAUUGGAAGGUCUGACUUUCGGUCGACUGAACCAUUACAUGUUUGCCAAGCUUCAUGGGUACGAUUACAAGCUAGUUCAACUCCCAGAUGACCCAACCCUCCACGGGACAUGGCACAAGGUGCCCGCCAUGCGCGAAGCCAUCAAAAAGUACGACUGGGUCGUCUUCAUGGACGGUGAUGCUAUCUUCACUCACCUCCAUCUCCCCAUCGAAUGGCUCUUCAACCGCUGGGGAAUAACAGAAAACAUCACCCUCGCGCUAGCCGAGGAUCCAGAACGAUUCACAAACAUGGUGAAAGGUGAUCCAAACCUCAACACCGGCGUCAUCGUCGCCCACAAAACACAACACAGCGAAGAACUGUUCGAGGCCUGGAUGUCUUGCCCAGAUGAGAAACGGUACGAAGGCUGUGGCGUCUGGAGAAAGAAGCACACCCACGAGCAAGCCGUAUUCAACGAGUAUCUCCGCUACGAUUACCCUGAUGAGAUCAAGAUUCUCUCCUGUACAGAGGCAAACCGCUACCCCGGCUCUGGGGAUUGCGAGGGGGAAUUCAUCUCGCAUUACUGGCCUUUUAAGGAUAUGAUUCCAGGUGGGGUUAAAGAGGCCAUGGCACAAUAUUUCUGGCCCUCUUUGCAAAAGGCCUAUUCGCAGGAUCGGGCGGAUGUCAUCGUUCGAAUGGAAGGGGACAGUGUUCGCGUGGGCCAGGUUGAGCCUCAGCCUGAGGCUCAGAGUGACGCUGAAUUGAGUUAA